CAACAUCUUUUCCAGCCUAUAAAAGGAAGCCAUGGCCAGCACCAAGAAACCACACCAGUCAACCUUUUCAAAUCAUCUGCAACUCUAAUUAAGGAGAGACGCUAGCUAGCUAGCUGUGCUGUGUCUACUCUAGAACCCUCUAGAAGCUUCCAUUGGAUCGAGAUCGAUGGACCGCGUGGCGAGGCUGGCGUCGGAGCGGGCGGUGGUGGUGUUCACGGCGAGCAACUGCAGCAUGUGCGACGUGGUGACGUCGCUGCUGGGCAGCCUGGGCGUGAACGCCGCCGUGCACGAGCUGGACAGGGACCCACGCGGCCGGGAGAUGGAGCGGGAGCUCGCCAGGAGGCUCGGCGCCGGCGCCGUGCACGGCGGCGGCACACCCACCGUGCCGGCGGUGUUCGUGGGCGGCGACCUCGUCGGCGGCACCAACAGGGUCAUGGCGCUCCACCUCGCCGGCGAGCUCGUGCCCAUGCUCAGGAACGCCGGCGCGCUCUGGCUCUAGGAGCUCAGACCACGCCGGCAGCGCCCAUGCAGCCAUGCACGCGCGUGCAAGCAUAUCUUAGCUUUUUUUUUUCGUCAGACGUGUACGAGUGCGUGAAUGCCAGGUUUUUUUGUAUCCUGUGCUUGGAAUAAGUCAAAUAAAUAUGGCAUCAGUAUUAACAUGAUUUUCGAUAUAUAUUU